CGGACGCGUGAGGGCUCGGGCAAGGGGGCUAGCUGCGGCCCCGAGGGGGCCACCCCGCGACCCUCUGCCCCCCCCCGCCCCGUCACGGCCCGGGGAAGGCAGCGGGGGCCCGGCCCGAGGGGGCGGGAGCCCCCCGGCCCCCGUGCCAAUGGCUGCGGGGGGGGGGGGGGGGGGCGGCUCUGCCUGGACGUUCCCGCUCGGUUACAGGAUGGAAAUUCCCGGCCUCCCCGGGGAGGGACUCGGGCUCCGCGCUCUGAAAGGCUCAUUUAUCCCCGCGCUGCCGCCCAGAGCGGCGCAGACGGGUGGCAGCGCCGCAGCCUCCGGCUCCCCGGCCCCGGCGCCCCCGGCCCGCACCAUGCGCCGCGCCCCGGCCGCCGCCCCCGCCCCGCUGCUGCUGCUGCUGGCGCUGCUGCUGGCGGCCGCCCCGCCGCCCGGCGGCUCCGAGAGCCCCAAGGGGAAGCAAAAAGCCCUUCGGCAGCGGGAGGUCGUGGACGUGUACAACGGCAUGUGCUUGCAAGGCCCCAGUGGUGUUCCUGGACGGGAUGGAAACCCGGGAGCCAACGGGAUUCCUGGGACGCCUGGGAUCCCAGGACGGGACGGGCUGAAGGGGGAGAAGGGCGAGUGCAUGCGCGAGAGCAUCGAGGAGUCCUGGACGCCCAACUUCAAGCAGUGUUCGUGGAGUGCACUUAAUUAUGGCAUCGAUCUUGGGAAGAUAGCAGAAUGUACAUUUACAAAGAUGCGCUCGAACAGCGCUCUCCGUGUUCUCUUCAGCGGAUCCCUUCGGCUAAAAUGCAAAAACGCCUGUUGUCAGCGCUGGUACUUUACUUUUAAUGGAGCAGAAUGUGCUGGGCCACUUCCUAUUGAAGCCAUAAUAUAUUUAGAUCAAGGAAGCCCGGAGCUGAAUUCUACUAUUAAUAUACACCGAACUUCUUCAGUGGAAGGGCUGUGUGAAGGGAUCAAUGCCGGCUUGGUGGACAUUGCCAUCUGGGUCGGGACUUGCUCAGAUUAUCCACGGGGAGAUGCUUCUACUGGAUGGAAUUCAGUCUCCCGAAUCAUCAUUGAAGAACUGCCAAAAUAACUUCCCCUCCCUUUUUAUAAUCUUCCCCCUUUUUUUUUUAAUUUUGUACAAUUUUCUUCUGAAUUUAUUUCUGUAGAGUUGGAUGCAAGUAUUUGACUGAAAGGCACCAAACUCUUGCAUCUGUAGUGUUUGUCUAGCCUUUUUUUGCACAUUGCAGAGGCUUUUUGUAAUAAUCAUUUUAGAAUAUAAAUAUCA